AUGGCCAUCUCGCAAUCCCAAAAGGACGUGUUGUCGGGAACGACGGGCGGCAUCGCGCAGGUGCUCGUCGGGCAGCCGCUCGACAUCCUCAAGGUGCGCCUCCAGACCUCGCCGCCCGGCACGUAUACGGGCAUGCUCGACUGCGCGGCGCGCAUCGUCAAAAACGAGGGCCCGCUCGCCUUCUACAAGGGCACACUCACCCCCUUGCUCGGCGUAGGCGCCUGCGUCUCGAUCCAGUUCGGCGUCGUCGCCUCGCUCAAGCGCCACUUUGCCGCCUCCAACCUCGCCGCGGGGCGCGGCCAACGUCUGUCCAACUCCCAGUUCUACCUCGCCGGAGCGGCGGCGGGACUCGCCAAUAGCUUCGUCGCGGGGCCCGUCGAACACGUCAGGAUCCGGCUGCAGACCCAACCCUCCCCGCCCCUCUACCGCGGUCCGCUCGACGUGGUACGACAGUCGCUCUCGUCUUCCGGCCUCUUCCGUGGCCUCUACCGCGGUCAGUUCGCCACCUUUGCAAGGGAGGCACACGGAAUGGGAAUGUACUUCCUCACCUACGAGUACCUCGUGCAGCGCUACCUCGACUCGCACCGCCUCGCGCGCAACGACCUGCCCAACUCGUACGCCAUGUUUGCCGGCGCCAUGGCCGGCUACGGCCUCUGGCUCACCGCCUACCCCUUUGACGUCGUCAAGAGCAGGAUGCAGACCGACGCCCUCAGCCUCGACAAGCGCAGGUUCAAGGGCACCCUCGACUGCGUCGCGCAGAUCUGGAAAGAGGCCGGGGCCCGCGGCUUCUUCCGCGGCCUCAUCCCCACCCUCGUCAGGAGUCCGUUUGCAAACGCAGCCACCUUUGUCGCCGUAGAAUGGGCCGCGAGGAACCUCGACAGAAUCUAG